AUGGAAUAUCUGAUGGUAUUAAUCGUAAGUGUAAUACUGACUGUUACAAAUGCCAGUACCUUGAAAACCAACAUUCGGGAAAAACGUCAGACAUAUGGUAAUACACAAUACGAUCCAAAUGCAUAUGCUGCUUCCGCAGGUAAUACAUAUGACCCCAACAACGCCGCUGGUGCUUACCAACAGCAAUACGGCGCCCAACAAGCUUAUGGUGCUCAGCAAGGUAGUGGAUACGGACAACAGCCAUCGUAUUCCACAGGAAAUCAGGCAUACGGUCAACAAGCUGCUGGCUAUCGACAGCAAGCUUAUGGUGCAAAUCAGCAACCUGCGUACAGUGGUAAUCAACAAGCCGGCUACGCUGCUGGAAACUCCUAUGAUCCCGCUACUUAUGGAUAUGGACGCUAA